UUACAGGCCUGUAGACUCCAUUUCAUGUUCUUACACAUAUCGUAGUAAUUCAUACUAGGCUCACAUUCAGCUUGCAUAGAAAUCGUCGUCGAAGGGCUUCUGUCUAUAUUGCUUCAGUCAGUCCCAACCAUUCGGUGAAGUAGCACGUUAUUUAUAAACACAGAGCUACAGAAAUAAUGUGAGGGACGACAUUUCAGAAUGGAGGUGGACCGUAUAUUUUAUAUAUUCGGUAGUUUUUCAAGGAAAAAGCAGGACAGACGCAAGUCUUUAGAACAAACUUCUGUAAGUGCUGGGAACAGUCCUAUGAAGGUUAGAUCUAGACCUGGGAGCCAAAACAUGCCAGCCAGAACAUCUGCAUACCAAUUAGAUAACGUGGUUAGAGAAUGGGAGUGUGGGGUGUGUAAGAAGGAGCUGGUGGAGCCAAGGUUGCUAGCCUGCCUACACAGCUUCUGUACAAGGUGUCUUCAGGGUCUACCGUUGGAAGGAGAGUCAGAAAACUGGAGCGAUAUAGAUGUAUCAAUACAACAAGACUCCAGUUCUAGAUCCGCAUCAGGCAGUGGAAGUGCCAGUGGUAGUGGUUCUGCAGCAUCAGGAUACGAGAGUGAAAGAAACUCCGACUCCGAUGCUAGUCUUAAUCAGAAACCUCGCAAAUUCGGAAUUUAUACAAAAAAGAUAUCAGGCAAGAGCAUCCAUUUCGUAGUAUGCCCUACUUGUUUGGGGGAGACCCCACUGCCCUUGGGUGGAGUGUCAGCGUUGCCUUUGAACUAUGUCUUGUUGAGGAAAAUCGCAAGUCGAGAUGCUGCCAAUGUUCUAUGCGAUCUGUGCAGUAGUGAUUGCAAGGCCGAGAGUAGAUGUGACGAAUGUCUUCUGAGCAUCUGUACAUCGUGUGCCGAUUCGCAUCGGAAGCAGAAGACAACAUCCAAACAUCCCGUUCAUCCCAUAGAUCCUCCAGUCAGAUAUUGCACCCAACAUCCACGUUCCGAAUUGAGCGUAUACUGCGCUACUUGUCAGCAGGUAGUAUGCCGUGAUUGUUGUGUAAUAUCCCAUUCGGGGCAUGCUCUCGCAAACGCUUCACGAGCGGCAAAAGAACGCGCUCGGCAAGUACGCGACGCGUGCGAGCGAGCGAAGCAUGUACCAGAUAAUGUUGAAAGAGCCACCAGGAUACUCCACGUGCAUGCUUAUGAAGUUGAGACCCAAGCAUCUCGUGUGGAAGCAGAGAUUCGUGCGUGGACAGAAGAAUACAAACGUGCAGUUGAAGCUCAUGGGCGCGCCUUAUGCACUGCCGCAGCCAGGGCUAGAACUUCAUGCAGAGAGAAGAUAGAACAGAAGACACGACAGCUGGAAGAAAGAACACAACAUGCGUUAGAUGCCGUCCAGUUUGCUGAAGAGCUCCUCUCAGAAGGCAAAGAAGACGAGGUAUUGUCUCUAAGCGGGCCGGUACUUCGUCGUCUGGAGAGGCUGACGGAGCUUCAGCCCGUAUCGGAGCCCCCUCGAUGCGAGUUGCGCUUCGCCCCUGACGCACCGGGACCGGAAAGUCGCUUAGUAGGAAGACUGCUCACGCAGGCCGCUGAUCCAGAUAAAUGUGUUUUAAAUACCGAAGGAUUUCAAGAUCUGCAAGUAGAGUACCCACAUGAAGCGGUGCUAGAACUACACGACGGCAAAGAUGAGAGGAUAUGGUGUGGAGGAGAGCAGGUAUGUGGCUAUUUUAGAAGACGGGAUUCUUCAGCCAGACCCGCCUUAGCGCGUGUAAAAGACAGAGGUGAUGGCUCCUACACUAUAACCUUUGCGGCUCCUAGUCCAGGAGCUUACUUGUUGGCUGUCACACUUAACAAUACUCCUAUUAAGGGCAGUCCAUUUCCCUGUUGCGCGCGAGUGAUGAAAGCUCACUCGGGGCAGUUCCACUGUUGCUCGUUCUGUUCUUCGGGUGGACGAAGGGAUGUCACUUGCGCUUGUGGGUCUACUAUGGCUGGUGGCUAUAAAGGUUGUGGCCACGGUCAUGCUGGAUGGCCUGGGACAAGACACUGGUCGUGUUGUGGAAACACCAGACGAAAUGCACCCUGCGCCAGACCACCACAACAAUUAUACCAAUUUUCUCUGUAAUAUGCUGUGUAUUGAUUACUAAAAGCCCAUACUUGAAUCUGAACUUUAAAUUGCAUCAAAAUCGGUGUAUCACACGGUGAUUUAACUUACACUAAAAUAUGUCGUAUAAUGUAUAAAUGUAUGUAUGACAACAUGUACUGGGCAGAUAAUACUAGUGAUAAUAGGACGAGUGUGUCUUAAGUUGUAAUACAUAUGUAUGCAAUUCUUAUGAAAAAUAAAGUUUUCUUUAAUAUUAUUAUUGUAUUCUCAAACGUGAUCAAAUAGUUAUUCAUAGGACUUGUUUGGCGAGCGUUUCGAGUUAUGAUUAGGAUAAUUACUGAUCUAAGCUUAGCUUUUGAUAUGAAAACUGUGUGACGAUGUGAUGGGACAAAAACUAAGAAUUAAUCGCACGCCAAAGCGUAGGUAUGCAAAAUCGAUUUUCUUUCUAAUUACGCAAAUAAAAUAAUUGCUAGAUUAAGUAUAAAACCAUGUCGCAUAAAUUAAUGCAAUUGGCGUGUGACAAUUUCCAUACUGGUGACGAGUUCACCUAGAUGAUAACUAUCUAAAAUUAAGAAGUUUAAGUUCAUACUGAUUUGAAAUUUUAGUUAAGGUUCAUUACAAAAUACUGUAUAAUAUUUUACCUAGAUAGACAUUGUUUUAGAAUAAUAUAUGUAUCAUGUAACUAAUAAAUAGUAGAUAGAAAAACAGUAUUAUUCGUUAAACUGUGGUAUUUACUGUGAUUGUUAUAAAUAAAAUU